AUGUUUGGCCAAAGCCAUGAAUCCCAUAAACAUGUCAGGCACUUGACAUUGCAGAUGUUGGGUACACAAGGUUUGAGACUGAGGUUGAUACAAGAUAUCGAUCUCUUGGCGCGCCAACAGAUUGCGAUAGGAGCUAAGAAUGGCUGUCUUGACAUCAAGGAGGCAGGAAGCAAGUUAUGGGAGAAAUGGAACCCGAGGCCGCAAAAGAACUCGAACUCUGUUGGGGAGGCUUCCCUGGAGGCUGGUUCCGAUUCUUCUCUUGUUCACUUCAAUGGAGAAAAGUACGAAGACCCCUUCAAAUUCAAUCCGUGGAGAUGGAAGGGAAAAGACUUGAAUGCAACCAUAUCCAAGACUUUCAUGCCUUUUGGCAUUGGUACUAGACUAUGUGCUGGGUCUGAAUUUGCAAAGAUGCAGAUUACGUUCUUCAUCCAUCACUUGUCGUCAAGAUACAGAUGGUCAAUGGACGAUGACGUCAAAGUACUUCGACAGUACGUACUAUUGUUCCCGAAAGGUAGUAAUGUUCGGAUCACAGGACGUUACGAACCUGAAUAG